AUGUUCGAAAAAAUCCUUGUGGUCGGAUUAACAUGCGUUGAUGUUGUCAACUAUAUGGACAAAUUUCCAUCUGAAGAUAGCGAUAAUCGAGUUACUAAGCAAAUUUGGUCACUUGGCGGAAAUGCGGCGAAUAAUGUGACCGUUCUGAAUCAGUUGAACUCGCAUACUGUUUUAUUCUCUGCUUUGCCAACGAAUAAUCCACUUGUUGAGGGUUUACUGCAAAAGAACUCGAUCCGUUGUGAGCGAUGUAUUCUUCGAAAUCAGAGCGAUGUUCCUCUAUCCACUAUAAUCGUCAAUGAAACGUCCGGCACUCGCACAGUACUCCAUUACAGGGGACACAUGGACGAACUAAGCUGUGAUGAAUUCAAAAAGACAUUUCCGGAUAUCUUUGAAUUCUCAUGGAUCCAUUUCGAAGGACGUAAUUUUGACGAGGUUUUAAAAAUGAUUGAAUAUGUCCGUGCUCAACGAGGUGAUGAUCAUUUGUUACCGCGCAUUUCAGUUGAAUGUGAAAAACUGCGACCAUACGUAACAAUGGAACGUGCGAUCCCACUCGUCAAUGUCGUAUUUGUUUCGAAAGAUUUUGCAAGAUGCAAAGGCUUCACGAAUAAGGAAUGUGCUGUUGAUGGUAUUCGAAAAUUGUUCGGUGUAUCUGAAUCAACGAUUGUUUGUCCGUGGGCCGAAAAGGGUGCUGCCGGACGUGCGAGUGAAUCAAGUGAGCUGAUAAGUAUUGAUGCAUUCAAAUCAAGUUCGCCUGUGAUUGAUACUUUAGGUGCCGGUGAUUGUUUUAUAGCGUGUUGCAUUCAUUACCUGAAUGAAGGUCGAGACCUUGAAACAGCUCUCAAAAAUGCGUCUCGUCAUACUGGUAAAAAGGUCACAAAACGAGGAUUGCUUGAACUAGAUUUAUCAUAA